GGAAAUUCGGAGUCUGUGCAAAACACUAGUUACAAAUCGUUCGUGUCACGAUAAAAAAAAAUUAAAAAUUAUACGUCAUAAUUUAAAGGAAGUAGUUGGAUGCGGUUGCUAUUAGCAACGCUAUAUAGUCUUCGGCCGUCGCUGGAUUAUAAUCGAUCCGGGAACUGAAUACACUGUACGAAAUAGAGAAAGCCAUGUUUAUAUCGAUAAUCUGGAGUACAAAAUAGCCUACUGCAGUGUAGAGAUCCAAAUGGUCAAUCAGUAGAUUGGUUUGCAGCAAUAAAAACACCUAUGCUUUCAAAUAACUUAUCCGAUGGCACAAAAUACAUUUAUAUGGAUUCAAACAACCCCAGUUGGUCAUACCAUAAUGAUAUAAUAACAGAAAAUUCUGCGAUUGGUCAUAGUGUCUCUCAAAUGUAUGCAACUUCAAAGAUGCAAAAUGAUACUUUAAUGUGGUUAGUUUAUAAUGAUGAACCAACAAAUGGACCAACGUCUGAAAUAUUGGGACAUACAAAAGGAAUCGUAGUAGGCAAUAAAGACUCAGGUUAUUGGCUAGUACAUAGUGUUCCUAAAUUUCCACAAUUACCUUAUCAGAAUAAUUCAUAUACUUAUCCUAAAACUGGAAUAAGAUAUGGUCAAAGUUUUCUAUGUCUAUCUAUGCAGCCUCAAGAUCUAAAUAAUGUUGGUAACCAGAUAAUCAAUAAUGAAGCUUUAGUAUAUGGGAGUCACUUUGGAAGUCAUCUUCAAAGUAUAUAUCCUCAGUUAUACAAUGCUUCAAUAGCACAUAAUGUGCCAAGCAAUAAUAGGGAUCCAGUAAAAUUAGCAUACUUCAAUACAAUCAAUGGUUUCAAGGUACUGUCUAUAUCAAAAAAUAGACAUUUUGGCAAAGAUUUAUAUGAAGAUUUGGUAACCAAUAUUGCACAUUCAAAUCUUUACACAGAAACAUGGUUAAACUCAAAAGACAGAUUUAACUCAUCGUGUUCCAAUAAAUUUAAAACAAUGAAUAUUAAAUCAAUAGUCAUGCAGAAUAUUAAAGGUAUAAAAAUAUGGUACAAAUCAUCAAAAGAUCACUCAAAAUGGGCAAUUAGUGAAAACAGUUCGAAUUCAUUAACUUGCAUAGGUGAUAUUAAUAGAGCACAUGAUCAAACUCAACGUGGAGGCGGUACAGUGUGUAUAGAUUCAUUGAGUAUUUGGAAACAAUUUCAGAAACUUAUACUAGACAUAGAGAAAUGUAAUGAUUAAUUACUCACUCCCACUAUUAUUAUAAUUUUUUUUCCUUUAUUCUACCAAUUUAGUAUUCUAUUGUAAUACAUUUUGUUUUUAAAUACUCA